AUGUUCGAACUCCAGAACAAGCUGUUUGCAGAAGGCAAGCAGGCACUGCUGAUUGUCUUGCAGGCGAUGGAUGCAGGAGGCAAGGACGGAACUAUACGCGACGUCAUGCAAGGAUUCAACCCUCAGGGAUGCAGGGUGGUGUCGUUCAAAGCCCCAAAUUCAGUGGAAGCAAAGCACGACUUUUUGUGGCGCAUUCACAGGGUGGUUCCCGCAGGCGGAGAGAUCGUCAUAUUCAACCGCUCCCACUACGGCGACAUUCUGUCAGUCAGCGUGUACAACCUCCUGCCCGAAGAGCGCUGGUCCAAGAGAUACAAGCACAUAAACAACUUUGAAAAGAUGCUCAGGGACGAGAGCGUGCGGACCUUGAAAUUUUACCUGCACAUAAGCAAGGACGAGCAGAAGCGAAGGCUGGCCAAGAGGGUCACGAAUCCGCAAAAACACUGGAAGUUCAGCAGCAGAGACUACGAGGAACGCAAGAACUGGGACAAGAACAUGGAGGCGUACGAGCAGGUGCUCGGAAGAUGCAGCACUCCGUGGGCUCCGUGGUACGUGGUACCGGCAGACGACAAGUGGUACCGCAACUGGGUAGUGGGAAAGAUCAUCACAGACACCCUGAAGGACAUGGAUCCCAAGAUUCCAGAUGCCUCGGACCAGAUACACGAAUUUCUGGACAAGAUGUAA